AUGCUGAAGACAUUAAGACCGGCACCAAAGGCUGCUCCCCAGCUUCAGAUUCAGCCAAAGACUGGCGCUCGUUUGGACGGAGACAACCUCGGUUUACUAGGAGAAUUUGUACGAAAGGAUCCAGAAUCCUACAAAGAUGACUUCGACGAGCAAAUGACACAUUUCAUCGAACUUGGCAAGCUGCUACAGAUCCAACCAGCCAUGCAUCGGAUGGACGUUCAACCACUGCUUGAGCUGACAACGUUCUUGAGUGGAGUUGCUUACUGUUUUCCGGGUAGGUUGAGGUUUAUUUGAUGGUAUAUGGGGGAGCUGGGAUUAGCGGUUAGUGGAGGAUGGUGUUUUGGAGCGGGCGAGGUAAAAAAGUUUUUUUGGUGGGGGUGGAUUUUCGAUAAUUUUUUUUAUUUUUAGUGACGUUAAUGUACAUCCUACUGCAAUAUUAAGAAGUAAUUUUUAAAUAAAAUCAAAAAAAAAAUUUUUUAGAAAACGCCCGAACCUUUGGAGAAAACUUGGAUCAAACCCUUCGGGCCCAAGGCAGCGCAUUAGACCCAAAUGUACGAUUGGCUUUCAUCAAGGCUAUUGUUACGUUAAGAAAUCGGAAUUUGAUCGAUAUGGAUCAAACGCUGAAUUUGUUUUUUGAGCUACUGAAGUGCGAGGACAAGCCAUUGAGGUAGGGACUGGUUGUUUAAGCUAAAUUUUUAAGGAUGCUUUUUAGGAUCUUGGAAGGCUUGGAAAGGAACUUUUGGGCUUAAAAAUGAAUUCUUGGCUUAUAAACGAAUUUUAGGCUUAAAAACGGAACUUUAGGCGUGAAAAUGAAUUCUUGGCUUAAAAAUGAAUUUUAGGCUUAAAAUGAUUUUUAUUCUUAAAACUGAAAUUUUAGGCUUAACAAUGGAAUAUAAGUUUUUUUGGUAAUUUUACGUUAAAUUAAAACUUUUUUACAAGUUUUAUUUAAAAUUUUAGAAAAUUUCUACUGGGCGCCAUCAUCGGCUUCAUUCGACGUCAUCACAAGAAGUUCCACCGACCAGACUCCAAGUUUCAAGCCUUUGUUUUCGCCAAAAUCAAGGACAGUCGAGCCAUAAUUGCUCGUUCGGCCGAACUCAUUUUGAUUGAUGCCUUCAGACGGCAGUUCUGGCGCGAUGCCAAAACUGCCAAUGCUAUUUCACAAUGUGUUUUUAACAAACACACGAAAAUCCAGGUAAAGAUGAGGGUUAUGAGGGGAGAUUUUGGCAAAAUUUAUUGUUUUUUGCAAGAUUUUGGCUAAAUUUGACGGUUUUGUGGGCAAUUUUUUGAUAUUCUUAAUGGUUUUUGGAGGAAUAUUGGGACGUUUUUGGAAAAAAAGGGAUAACAUAAGAUAGUGCAAAGUGUAACAAGCUACGUUUUACAACUUUCACGAACUUAGCCAAUUCAAAAAUGGCACAAAACUUUAUGUUGUUGUAGGUAACAGCGAUGCGCUUCUUCCUCGGCAGCUCGGAACAAGAGAACGGCGAAGGCUCUGACUCGGACAUGGAUUCGGAGGAAGAAGGUGAAGAUAAAAAGACCAUCAAGGAAGUUAUGACAGCUUUUCGUCACACCAAAAAGACCAAAAAACGAGCGAAACAGUUGGAGGACGCCAAGAAGGCCAUAAACAAGGAAAAGAAGAAGAAGAAAGAGAAGAACAGAAAGAAUUGCAACCUGGAAGCGAUGAGAAUGUUGUAUGAUCCACAAACUUUGUGUGAGAGACUGUUUGCUGCGCUGGAAAGUAAGUUUUUGCAAGUUUUUUUGAGGUUUUAGCAAAGGUUUUUGGGGAAAAGGAUUUGAAAGGAGGACAUGCUUCACCGUAUAAAAUGUCGACUUUAAUCUAUUUUUUAAACUUAGAUAUCUGAAUACAGUUUUAUUACAAAUUUUUCAAAUUUUAGGUAAGAAAAACGAACGCUACGUAGUCCGCCUCCUCUACAUGGCUCUAGUCGCUCGCUUGAUCGGAGUUCAUCAACUACAGGUCUUGGGCUUCUAUUCCUACCUUCACAAGUUUCUACAGCCAAAACAAAAGGAAGUGACGAGAAUAUUGUUGUACGCAGCACAAGCUUGCCACGAAACCGUACCAAGUGAUCUAGUCGAAGGUCUAAUCAAAGUCAUUUCGAAUAACUUUGUCUCUGAUAACAAUUCACACGAAGCGAUCACUGUGGGAUUGAAUGCAAUCAGAGAGAUCUUUGCAAAUUGCCCGUUUGCCGCUACGUCUGAUGUACUGGAGGAUCUGUCUGAGGUAGGUUAAUAUAAAUUUGAAAAAAAAAAAUUUUAAUUUUUAAUUUUGGAAAAAAUUUUUUUUAUUUUUUGAAUUUUUUUGAAAAAUUAAAAAGUUACUUUACUAGAGCCAUAUAAACAUACAUUUUUUAACCACUUCUCAAAUUUCAGUACAAAAACUACAAAAACAAGAACGUGUCGAUGGCAGCUCGUGGCUUGCUUCAACUCUUCAGAGCCGUCAAUCCAGCCAUGCUUCGUAACAAGUACCGUGGACGGCCUACAGACGCCGAUUCACACUUCAAAACCGAAUUUGGCCAGAAUGAUGCACUUGAUUUCUUGCCCGGAGCUGAAGUUCUAAACGAAGACGAAGCGCCAGAAGCCGAAGAGAAGCCGUCGAGGAAGAGGAAACGUCAACAAAGUGAGGAUUCUGAAUCCAGUUGGAUCGAUAUCGAUGAUUCUGGGUCGGAAAUUGAGAUUGCUACGGAUUCGGAAGACGAAAAUGAUGUUGAUGAUGAUGAAGAAGGGGUGGAGGAUGAUGAAGAAGGAGUGGAAGACGAUGAAGAAGGGGUAGAAGAUGAUGAAAAUGAGCUGGAAGGAGCUGAAGAUGAAUAUAAUGAAAUAGAAAGUGAUGAAGAAGGAGUAGAAGAUGAUGAUGAAGAAGAGGAAGAUGAAGAUGAGAAUGAAGAAACAGAUGAACCGGUAACUAAGAAGAUGAAAAAGGUCACUUUUGCUACUAAAGCCGAGAAGAAAAAGGCUAAGAAAUUGGAGAAGGUAAGGGUUUUUGAUAAGUUUUAGAGUAGAUUGGGUAACAAAACGAAGGUUUUUGAUGGUUUAGGUAUUAAUCAAGGUUAUUUCUAUAAAAAUAAGGGGUUUAAAAUUAGGUUUUUCUUAUGUUUUAGGUAACAAAAUGAAAAAAUUAAAGUCGAACCAUUUUCAGAAACUUACGGCCGAAGCAGCGUUGGAGAAAGCCCGCUCCCUCUCCGAGAAUCGUAUCUUUACUGACGAAGACUUUAAGAAAAUUAAAGCCCAUCAGAUGCGAAAACAGCUUGCCGCCGCCAAUCCCAAUUUCAAGAACAAAAACCUGACCAAUGAUGAUAUGAAGCUAAAGGACGAAGUGGCCGAAGUCAUUGGAAAACGAUCGGAAGGUGCCACACUGACCAGUUUGAAUGAUAUCACACACUUCCACAAGAAGAUCAGACGUCAAACCAAGGCAGAGCGACUGGAACAGAUCAAGGAGGGUCGCGGGGAUAAGGACAUGUACAAGAAGAGGAAGAACAAUGUGAGUUAGGGUGCAUUUUUUAAGGCAGAGGGAUGUUUUAUAUCUAAGGGUGGUGCGGGGGGGGGGGUUGAAUGUUGGUGAUGAUGGCGGAUCAAUCACCUAUUCUCUAAAGCCUCAGGCAUUGAAAGAGAUGUUUACAUAAGAAAUUGAUGUUGUUUUAGGGCCCCCACGUUGGUCGAACCAAUGCCAACAUGGCCAAGAACAAGAACUUCCAAAUGGUGAGGCAAAAGGUGAGAGGAAAGAACCGUCAACGAUCGUUCCGUGAUCAACAACGCUCAUUAAGAACAUAUCUUCUAAAGCAAGCUGGACGAAAACCUGGAAAUAUGUAA